CGCCGCUGUCGAGCAACACGUGCCCGGGUUGCCCUGAGCAACGGCGCAGGUGCGACAGAGUCGAGACCAUGUCCCACAACGGCACCCCCCUCCUCCUCCUGCUGCUGCUGCUGCGUCUCUGCGUCUCCUCGUCCUUCUCUCCGCCCAAGACCACCGCCAACAAAUCUCCUCCGCGGUGCCGCACGUGCAAGCCCACUGCCUGGAACGCCACCGACCCCGGCUCCUGCUGCCUCAACGUCUCUGGCUCGGGCUGCGCGCGCUCCCUCGAGCAACUCAGGGCGACCUUCAACUUCACGUCGCUCCAAGUCUUCGACCUGUCCCACUGCGGCCUGCGCGUCGUGGACAUCCCCGCAGUUCCGGCCCUGCGCACCGUCUACCUCGUCGGGAACGCCUUGACCACGUUGCCCGAGCCGUUCCUCGGCGAGGCUCGUGACCUCGACGAGGUCUACCUGGGCGAGAACGAGUUGACGCACCUGCCGCGGUCCAUCGCCCACAGGGGGCUGACCGCUCUGGACGCGAGGGGCAACCCCAUCGCGUGCGACUGCGACUUGUACGAGGCGGUGAAAAGGAUGGCAGAGGUGCAGUAUUCGUCGUCGUCGUCGUCCGGGCCACAGAUCUUCGUCGACUGCGCGAUUCCGGAGAGUUUGUCGGGACAGUCCUUGACCAAUGUGUCACGCGAACACAUCUGCAAGGAGUCACACACGGCGGUGUACGCGUGCGUAGGGACCGUCGCGGUGGCUCUGAUAAUCGCCACGCUCUACCUGGGAUGCAAGCGCCACCUCGACCCCGUCAUCUCCUCCUGCUGCUCCUCCUCCUCCUGUCGCCGCUGCUGCCCCAGCCACAAGUCGGGCCUCAACUCUCGAAUCCGCGGCUCUGAUGCCCAGCACGACAGCUACAUCUACAGGCCGAGCCCUCGGCGAGAGAGAGAAUUCGGCGGAGGAGGUGACCGGGCGAAUGCCGGCACGUGUGACCCGAGCCCCUACGAGAAUUGGCCCCUCGCAAAGGCGUCGUCGUCCUCGUCGGCCUCGUUGUCCGCAGAAGCAUCGGCGGCGACAGCAGCGGCGGCGGCGUCAGGCCCGGGUGGGUCGAGGUCAGACCUCUCGGCCGCGGUGUCGGCGGGGUUCGAUCGGCGUGCCGGGUUGCUGCUGCAGCUGGGCACGGAACGCCCCGAGUCUGAGUAUCAGAACCUUCCCACGCCGAACAGAUCCAAGGAGCAUGCGCCGACGAUGAUGGAGGAGACGGAUGUGCACGUGGAAGGUGAAGAUGAGCAGGAGGAGCAGGAGCACGAGGAGGAGGUGUCCAUAUACGUGAAUCUACCCGCGCCUGAUCAUUACUACAGCCUGGUGCCACCCGUGCACGUGUCGGAUGAUGAUGGUGGCGGUGGUGUUGGUGGUGGUGGCAGUGCCGGCGAGCAGGAGGUGAGGAGAUAGGGCAAGUUGAGGAAGCCGUGAUGGGAGAGCCAAGGACGGUGGUCGCUUCUCCAGAUGAAUUGAAGAUCGGCGGUGCCUGGUGAUGAAGAGAUUGUUGGGGUACGUGACGGUGGUGAUGGUGGUGGUGGACGUCUUUUUCAAAAACAUGACCGGGAUGGAGCGGUUUUUUUUCGUUUGUAUCGAUUUAUUUUUUUAUUGUUAAACUUGUUUACCCAGGAAAGUUUGACAUAGCCUCGUGACAUUUAUUUUAUUUUCAGGAGGGUUCUGAUCGCUCCCGCGUGUAUAAUACAAUUAACUUCUAUUUUUAUCAAACUUAUCAAAUUUGUCACCGUGACGCCGGCACGCAGUGGCCUACUCUUGCCAGUGACGCCACGCGAUCUUCAAACGACCACUGUGCUGCAGACGGCCGCGUAUUUUGACGGUCAAUACACCCGGCGUAUUAAUCGGGGCCGCGGUUUUUAUUUGAACCGCGAAGACUCUCCAACAACGAGCCGCGAACGCACUCCCGCUGGGCCGUGUCACUGCCCAUCGAUAGUUCUGGAUUGUUGUCAUCAUCAUCAUCAUCGUCAGCAUCAUUAGCAAUAGCAGCGUCGUCAUAAUCAGCAGCGUCGUCAUAAUCAGCAUCAGCUUACAAUCAUCACCACCACCAUCAAUGAUCAUUCGCAUUAUCAGCAAGAGCAGCAGAAAUCACCGCCACUAUCGACGAAUCAUCAAAAUGAGGGUAUUAAAGCCACUUCACAUCCAGUUCCGGAUUAUGCUAGUCGCAAAAGUAGCUACAUAUGCUACGGGCCCCGCACUUUCAAGGGCCCCACGCUAAAUGAUUUCAAGCUAUCAAUUCCUGUUCAGUGAUUCUGCACUUGCUCUAUUACUAUAGUACUAUACUGCCUUCAACUUUUAUGAACGACUGGGUGUUUAAGGUUAGCUAUUUGUCGUAUUUAACACGUAGGCUUUCGCGACCAAUAUUAAUCGUAAAGGUUUUUAAGUUAGAUCGCGUUAUUUAUAAAUGUGUCGUAACCCUCCACCACCCGACACGGCCAGUGAGUAAAAAAUGUGUCACUUUGACAAAAGACAAAAUAGUUCACUACUUUAGCCCAGUAAGAUUUGGUACAGUACACAAAAUUCAAAAACUAGUAUCUUGCACUAAAGACGAAUUACCUGAAUUAAUAACAGAAAGUGUAUAUCGGAUUAAUUGUUUAUAUGGCAGAUGCUGUAUUGGACAGACGGGACGUAACAUCAGCGUAAGACUAAAAGAACACCAAAGAAAUAUUAAAUUAUCUCAAACACAACUGUCGGCAGUGGCAGAACAUGCUUGCCAACAAGGACACUCAAUUGAUUUUGAUAACGUUGAAGUGUUGUGUAAAACUAAUUAUUACUGGCCAAGACUAAUUAGAGAAUCCAUUGAAAUUGAGAGAAAUACAAAUAACUUUAAUCGCUCUGACAGCUACAGGCUUAGUGCGGCCUGGAAGCGUAUUAUUAAAUAAUACAUAUUACAAUUCCUUAUAGGGGAAACACAUACUAAUUAACCGAUUACAAACAUAGUAUAUAAUUACAAUAACCAUCUCCCCCCUUCCGCCCCCUUCUGAUCUCUGCGCCUGCUUGGGUAUAAUGAUUGGGUUAAGUUGUUGAAUAAUACACAUUACAACUAAUUACUAAUCUACAACUGAUUGCUAAUCAUAACAAUUGACUGAUUACUAAUCUAUUAUAUAAUUACAAUACCCCCCCCUCCGCCUCAAAUCACUGCGCCUGAAUGGGUUUCAUUAUUCUGGCUAAUUGCCCGAUGAUGCUGGUUGAUAUAAUGACCAGCGAAACGUCGUACUACUCAAAAAUUGUAAAUGUUGUGGAUUCACUCUUCAACACACCGGUGGGCUAAAGCAGUGAACUAUUUGUCUUUUGUCCACGUGACACAUUUUUUACUGAUUGGCCGUGUCGGGUGGUGGAGGAUUGCGACACAUUUAUAAAUAACGCGAUUUAACCCAAAAACCUUUAUUAUGAUUUGUCGUAUUAUCUGUCUGUAUAGCAAAUAAAAAAAAGACAAUUACUUUACUGUGCAAGUAAAACAUUUUGUGUUCUAAUAUUUACGUGUUUUAUUUUUUAUUUAGGGCCCCUUUAAAACAUAUGCUACAGGCCUCGCACUAGCUUAAUCCGGCACUGCUCCCAUCGUCAUCAUCAUCAUCGGCUCCAACUCAUGAUAAUGAUUAAUCAGCUGCACCCAAUCAUCAUCAGCAACUGGUAGCCAUUAAUCAGCAGCAAUGAACAAUCAAUUAUCAUCAGCCCCGCCAUCGAACCAUCAUCAUCCGCAUCACUGUCAUCGGGAAAUUAUCAUCAUUACCAACAGCCAGUCAU